CCGGUUCCAGUUCGAGACCAGGGUCACAGUUUGGAACGCGGCCACCGAGCUCCAUGAGACGUCUCGGAGGCAGGGGAGGCGACAGAAGGAAAGGGGUUAAUUUUGAGAGAGAGUCGGGAGGUGAUGGGAGGGGGAGAGAGGGAGAGGGGGAGGGAGGGGAGGAGGGAGAUGAAAACGACAAGAGAAACAGGCGAAGAAGAAGAAGAGGGAGAGAGGGAGAGGAUGAGGAAGACGACUGCGAAGGUGGAAGAUAUAGGAACGGGUAUGGUCAAGAAGGAGACGAUUUAGAAGCAGCGAAAAGUGGUUCACUCGGCGAUCUAAUGAGGUUCAAAUCAAAGAAGAGAGACGAUGUCAAGGUUCUCAAAGCCACGCUGAAGGAGCUGAAAGACAUCGAUCCUCUGGAUUACCUCGCACGAUACUGCAUCAUAGACCAGCAGAAAGUCCCUCACUACCGCAGGGUAUACUGA